AUGGCUGUGGUUUCCAAUAGUCUGGUUUUUACAGGCUCGAAGCCAUCUCAAAAAUUUUCAGAGGCUAUGCAUGCACAAAAAUUGGAGUCAUCUUUUGUGGGUGAGAGCUCUAAGCUCAAGAAAGUGAACGGAUGUCUGCCACGGAGUCAAGAUCGGCCCGUUUUGGUUAUCUCUCCGGAAUCUGUCCAAGAAGAUAUCGCUUAUUGGAGCCAACAUGUUUUGAUCUGCAAGUUCUUGGGUAUUCGGAUUCCUCUCUCGGCAUUAGAAUCUUGGAUCCAUCGAACCUGGCAUGUUGAGGGGGAUUUUGAUUUAUUGGUAGCUGCAAAUGGCUAUUUCAUGGUCGAUUUUUCUAGUAUCUCGGACCGUAAUCGUGUUUUUGAAGGAGGGCCAUAUUUUUACAAUCAUGUUGGCUUGUUCAUUAAGCCCUGGCAUAGUGGUUUUAAUGCGACAGAAGAUCUUCCUACUCGGGUUCCUGUUUGGGUGCGUCUUCCAUGGCUGCCGUUGGAGUUUUGGAGAGAGGAUAUUCUGCUUCGGAUUGCUGCUCUGUUGGGGAAACCGGCUGCCAUUGCUCAAAAUACUUUGGAGAAAAAGGUAUUUUCUUAUGCUCGCAUCUGCGUUGAAAUUGACUUAAAUAAUCCUUUUCCAGACUCUUUGGAAAUUUUUAUUGGCUCGGCUUCGUGGAUUCAACCGCCUGAUUAUGAGUCCCUCCCUUUUCGUUGCCGCUUCUGUCACGAGUAUGGACACCUUCAGCGCCAGUGUCCUCGGGCAUCCAAAGCUGCUGGGGUGUCUUCUUCUCCUUCUUCUGGGCCCUCGGUGGAGAAAGGGGAUAAAGGGAAGGAAUCUGGGGUUGAGGGUGGGCCUGAUAAGGAUGGCUUUAUCCCUGUUAAGCAGAGAAAUAAAGGGAGGGGGCACAAGCGGGCCUUUAAGGAUAGUCAGAAUGAUCAGGGUUUCAAUCGGUUUGAGGUCCUAGAUAAUCUGGCUAUGGAGGAAGGGAUUCCUGUUGAGCUUUCUGCUGGGGCCUCUGGUAUGGAUGUUGGGAUGGAUACAGGGCUGGAGAAAGCGAUUGUUGUGCAGAAUUCGUCUUCGGCAUUGGUGCAGGGGAGUUCGGAGCCUCCUGGGGCCUCUGUAGAUGUGCAGGAUGAUAUUGUUUUAGCAUAUUUGGCUAAGGCAGUGUUUUCUUCAGGCAAAGGGCGAGGAUCGUCUCCUUCCUUGGGGGUGUUGCAAUGCCCUCUCAAGAAGGGACAUUUUGAAUUUUCUUCGAAAGUUGGUCGUAAGAAGGAUGCAGACAAGCUUAAAUCUGCUGGGGAUCUUUUGGAAACUAAGCUUAUGGUGGAUCUCAUGUUUCAACAUGCUCCUCGUAUUUGGUUUUCUGGCCAGUGUCAGUGUAUUGGAUCUAGGGGAACCUCUGGGGGUCUGGCUCUUUUCUGGGAUCCUCGUAAGGUUGUCCCUCAUUGGUGGAUUUCCAGCCAGUCUGCUAUUUCUAUGGUGGCCUCGAUUUUGGAAUCUGCUGGUGACUUCAAUGCUGUGUUGAGCUUGGAGGAGAAAAGAGGAGGGCUGCCUAGGCUUGGCCCUGUUUCAGAUAUGUUUCGGACUAAUGUGGACUCUCUAGCAUUGAUGGAUGUAAAACCCUCUAAUGGAAUUUUCACUUGGAAUAAUAGACGGAGUGGGCCUGAAGCGAUUGCCCAGCGGCUUGAUCGUUUCCUUGUCUCUUGCUCUUGGGUUAGAGGUAGCUUGGUCAUUUGCUCUGAGAUUCUUGACUGGCGUGGCUCUGAUCAUUGGCCAAUUAAGUUUUCGACUUUAGCUUUUCCAAAUCCUAAGAACCCCCCUUUCAAAUUCCAGCUCAUGUGGUUGCGUGAUCCGUCUUUAGGUGAUCUUGUGGCUCAAUGGUGGCGGGAUGGCGCCCCUGCCUAUGGUACAUCUAUGUAUUCUCUGGUUAAGAAGUUGCAAUAUGUUAAGUUUCAUCUUAAGCGAUGGAAUAGGUUGAGUUUUGGUAAUUUUUGGGCUAGGAAAAGAGAAGCGCUGGACCGCCUUGCUGUGAUUACCCGUCAGAUUCGGGAUUUGGGCUUCUCGGAGGCUCUUGGGCAUGCUGAAUCCCAGGCUCUGAAAUUGGUGGAAGAGUGGGAGCUCUGUGAAGAGAUUUUCUGGAAACAAAAGGCUAGGAUUGAUUGGCUUCAAGAGGGUGAUCGGAAUACGGCCUUUUUCCAUUAUUCUGUACAAGCUCAUCGAAAUAAGUGCUUUAUCUCUUCUCUUGUUAACUCUGAGGGUAUUUCAAUCUCUGCUCAACAUGCUCUGUCUAGAGAGGCUCGUCAGUACUACUCUAAUCUUUUCACUGAGGAUUUUGUACCUGCUGAGGCUGAUGAAAAUAGAGUCCUUGCUUGUAUUCCUUCUUUAAUUUCUAAUGAGGUGAAUGCUUCUCUUAUUCGCCCGGUGACUCUGUCUGAAGUGGAGGAGGUGGUGUUUGGGAUGAACAAAGGGAAAGCCCCUGGCCCUAACGGGUUCCCAGUUGAGUUUUUCCAGGAGUUUUGGGAUAUUGUGAAGCAGGAUUUGUUAGAGGUGGUUUGUGAGUCUCUUCAUAGUAAGCAGAUGCUUCACGCCUUGAAUGCUACUUUUCUGGUUCUCAUUCCUAAGAAGGAAGGUGCUGACAAACUUGAUCUCUUUAGACCUAUUGCACUCUAUAAUGUGGCGUAUAAGAUUAUUACGAAGUUGAUGGCUGAGAGACUCAAAUCUUGUUUGCCAAUGAUUAUUUCUGAGGAGCAAGGCGGCUUUGUGGCUAGGCGGCAAAUUCUGGAUGGGGUGGUGGUUGCGUCUGAAGCCAUUCAUUCCAUGGCUACUUCUCAGGAGAGGUCUAUGUUUAUCAAGUUGGAUAUGGCCAAAGCCUAUGAUAGAGUUAAAUGGAGUUUUCUUCAGAAGAUUCUAUUGGCCUUUGGUUUUUCCUCUGAUUGGGUGAGUUGGGUGUUGAGUUGUGUGACUUCUUCCUCCUUUUCGGUUAUUAUGAAUGGGGAGCCUUCUGAGCUUUUUGGGGCUACUAGGGGUCUUCGUCAGGGGGAUCCGCUCUCUCCUUAUUUGUUUAUUAUUCUGGCUGAGGGGCUUGGCCGUCUUCUUAAAUCUCAGGUUUCUCAUGGCUUGAUUCAUGGUUGGCAGUGGGGGAUGGGCUUGCCUACACUUUCUCAUCUCCAAUUCAUGGAUGAUACCUCUCUUAUGGGUCUGGCUCGUAUUAGGGAGGCUGAUUCCUUCAGGAAAACUUUGGACAUCUACCUUGCGGCUUCGGGCCAGAGAGUCAAUGAGAAAAAGUCUUCUAUUUUCUUCUUUAAUACUCCUCAAGCUAUCCAGCAUAGGAUUGCUGCCAUUCUGCGGUUUCAAAUUGGAACUCUUCCCUUUGUUUAUUUGGGUAUUCCUCUUACUGUUGGCCGUCUGCCCAGAUCUUCUUGGCAGCAGUUGCUUGAUAAGCUUAGGAGAAAGGUUUCUCAUUAG